UUCAGCUGCACAGGAAGGAUUCACUUUAUGAAUGAACUGCUGGACGUCCAAGCGGAAGAGACUUUACGUGUGUUUAUACUCAGCAAGAAUGAUAUGCCUGGUUCGGUUAUAACUGUUAUUCGUAAGGAAAUCUGUCAUGCUUUUGGGUACAAAACCCGCUGUUACUAUGGUUACGGCCGUGAAACCACGAUAAGAUGAAGCGAUGCGGAGAUACAAUGUUACAUGUGUGCAGUUUAAGCUAGCUGGAGCUAACGGUUAGCCUCUGUGUUGUCAUGAAGAAUGAAUGCUACGAGGGGAAAGAUGCUUAGAAGAGGAGAAAGCUGUAAUGCAUGUGUAACAUGUCCUUGGAGGCCGUGAGGAUGGUCACAGCUGGCUGAGGUUCACCCACUGACCCGGCAGGUUUGGAUCCAGGUUGAAAAGAAGCAGGAGCCAUGAAAGAAGCUGGUGGAGCAGAUUGUGAAGGUGAGGCUCUGUUUGAGGACCAGGACUUCCCCUCGGACGACACCUCCCUGUUCUCUGACAGCUCCACGCCCAUCGCCAGGCUACAGGGUGAAAUCUCCUGGCGACGCCCACAGGAGAUCUGCCAGUCGCCAGCUCUCUUCCCUGACAACAUCAGCCUGGGUCAUGCAAAACAAGGCUUAUUAGGAGACUGCUGGUUUCUCUGUGCCUGCAUCUUCUUGCUCAAGAACAAACGGCUACUGAACAAGGUGUUGCCUCCAGAGCAGCCCCAGUGGGAUGACAGCAGAUACAGGGGCUCCUUCCAGUUUUGUUUUUGGCAGCAGGGACACUGGACAGAGGUGACCAUCGACGACCGCCUGCCCUGUAUCAAUUCUACUCUCUGUUUCUCACGCUGCCACUCCCCCACUGCCUUUUGGGUAGCCCUGUUGGAGAAAGCCUAUGCCAAGCUUCAUGGUUCAUAUGAGCGACUUUGGGCAGGUCAGGUGUCCGAGGCCCUGGUGGAUCUGACCGGGGGCCUGGCUGAACACUGGAGCUUGAGAGAGGCAGAAGAGGAGCAGAGACCAGAACAGGACAGCGACCAGGUCAGGGGCAGAAGCUUGGACCUGAACCUUCUGUAUCCAGUGAAAGACGAGUGUGCGGUUAGCUGCUCCACUCACAGUGGCCCUGGAGGUGCCAGUGAGCUGGGUCAGUACCAUGCGCUGACCGUCAUGGAGUGGUUGGAUGUGCAGACGGUUUCAGGGAGCAAAGUACUGCUGGUCAGGAUCAAAAACCCCUGGGGAAGAUGCUGCUGGGGAGGGGCCUGGGUGGAGAGUGGUUUGGGUUGGAGUUCUGUCGACCCAGUUUCUGCUUUGGAUCUACAAGCCAGGGUUGCGGAGGGCGAGUUCUGGUUGGAUGAAACCGAAUUUCUGUCGCAGUUUGAUGAUGUCACAGUGGGCUACCCCAUCAGCGAUGAAGGGCACCUAAAGAGCAUCUAUACUGGAAAUCUGCUGACACACAACUAUCAGCUGGCCGGCCAGUGGAUGAAAGGGCACUCAGCUGGGGGCAGCCGAAACAGCAGUAGCUACAGCAACAACCCAAAGUUUUGGCUCAAAGUGUGUGAGAGAGGAGAGGUGGUGGUGUCCCUGCUACAGCAUAGAAAGUGGAGAAACACAGAGCAAUGCCUACAAACGGCACUCGAGGAUAGCAAGAACACAACACACCAGCACUACCAGGCUAUUGCUCUACACAUGUGGAAGGUGGAGAAAAGGCGUUUUAAUCUGAGCCGGAUGUUGAACAAACCUCCUUGUGCUUCCACUCACUGCCAUGCCUACGAGAGAGAGGUGGUUCUCCAUGAGCAGCUGGAGCCUGGAUACUACCUGCUGAUCCCCAGCACCUACCAGCCAAGAGCUGAGGCCCGCUUCCUCAUCAGGGCCUUUUCCUCCUCUUCCACAUCCCUCAGUGCCCUGAAAAGCCCAGCACCUUCACUGCCAUUGACAACAGGUGGAGAUUGGGAGACCAGUUACUUCCGAGGCUCGUGGGUGGAGGGAAGGACAGCCGGAGGAAGCAGGAAUUUCCUGUCUCACUGGCAGAACCCCUGCUUCCCUUUUACAGUGUGUGAUGAGUCAGCAGUGACAUCAGGAGUUAAUGUCAGGAUUACCCUGCACCAGAGCCGCCCAGACACUGACUUUCACCCUAUCGGCUUUCACAUUUAUGAGUUUCUAGAAGGGGAAUCUGAGCAAACAUUACAAAGGGACAAGGAUCCUGCAGCCAGUUGUGUCCCUCACUGCUACACCCAAGAUGUCAGUCUGUCCUGCAGUCUUUCUCCCGGAGCCUACACCAUAGUGCCGUCCACCUAUCAGCCUGACUGCUCAGCAAACUUCACCCUCAGCCUGGCUCGCAGAGUACACAGGAAGGUGGUGAAAAGCCAGGAGAGACUGGGAAGAGCCAUUCAGGAGAUCUCUCACAUCUCUGUGAUGCAAAGCUAGUUCUCUGGGACAGUUGCUGCUCCACUGAUGUCGGCUCACCUCACGGUGCCUCUUGGCACAUGAUGAAACAACCAGUCCUCCCAUCCAGCCUCACCACGGAGG